AUGAGCUGUGACGACCAAUUCCCAGCUAUUCCAUCAAAGAAGUUAACUUUGGACCUAACUGAAAGCUCAUUUCUGUCAUCUAAUCAAAAGCAAAGCAGUGAGAAGCACAAAGAAAAGGUGCACUGCUCUGGACAUGGACAUUUCACUUCAAGUCCUCGCAAAACCAUGCAAGAAAAUGGAUCAACCUCUGCGGACCAGCAUUCACCCUUCAAGUCGGCUGUGUCUGCCUUGUCUUUUUACAACAAAGACAAGUGGUACCUCAACCCACUUGAAAGGAAGCUGGUAAAGGAGAGUCACCUGCCUUCUCUCACAACUACAAAUAAAGAGAAAUCCUUACCCAGUUUGGCAGAGGAAGUGCGGAGAAAAGCCGCCUGCUCCAAGAAUAGGAACAGAAAUCCCCAGAAGAGUUUAACUGCUAAGUAUCAGCCACAUUAUAAAUGCAGGAAGCCUCUCUCGAAGAAUUCAAAAAGUUCCAAGCCAAAUCGAGUGGCUUAUAAGCCUGUGGUGGAGAAAGAGAAUAAUAGCAGCAGUUUGGAUCCCCCUCGGGUUCUGAGUCAGAAGGUCAAACCCCAAGCCACACUCCAGGGUGGGGCUGCAUUUUUUGUUAAUAGAAAAAAAUCCUCUCUCAGAACUUUGUCCUUGGAAAAUAAACCAGGACCGGAACUCGACCAAAAGAGUAAGUCAAACAGGAUUGGAGCUUCUGAUGUCGAGACUGGCAAGGCAAGGAAAGUUGGAGGCUUGUUACUAGAGAAGGAACUUAACAUUGAGCUGCUGGGUGCCAAGUAUGACAAUAAAGUAAGAAAGGAUUCAUCAGAUGUAGCAGUUUCUUCAAACACAUGUAAACCUGAUGAAAAUAAGCAUUUUUCUUCAGAAGAGUCUGUCAGUCAGGAUAAACCAGUUUCUCCAAAGUCCACCGUCUACCCGAUCUUCAGCAAGUCUUCGGCUCAUUCAAGAAGACCUCAGGUGGAAGAACAGUUUUCCGUGGGGCCUUUAUCCACCAAUAUCCCGAAGCAGGUCAGCUCGCAGAAAAGCACUAAUGCCAGAGAUUCCAAUAAAGAAGUGAAGGACCAGCUCAUCAUUGAUGCGGGCCAGAAGCACUUUGGGACGACGGUGUGUCAGGCUUGUGGCAUGAUUUAUAUGGCCGCCAACCCUGAGGAUGAGUUGCAGCAUGGCCAGUACCACCACAGGUUCCUGGAGGGGGUCAAGUUCACGGGAUGGAAGCGGGAGCGAGUCGUGGCUGAGUUUUGGGAUGGGAAAAUCGUGCUGGUCCUCCCAUGGGACCCCAGCUACGCCCUCAGAAAGGUUGCGGAUGUUCAAGAACUUGUGGAUAAUGAAUUAGGCUUCCAGCAAGUGGUUCCCAGACACGGAGACAAAACCAAGACCUUCCUGUACAUCUCAGACGAGAAGAAAGUGGUUGGGUGCCUGAUUGCCGAGCGCAUCACCCAGGCCUUUCGUGUCCUGUCCGAAGCCACUGGCCCAAGCUCUCAAGACUGUCAGAGGGCGUGGCAGUGCUCUGAUGUCCCCGAACCAGCCAUCUGUGGCAUAAGUAGAAUCUGGGUCUUCAGACUGCAGAGAAGAAAGCGCAUUGCCAGGCGACUGGUAGAUACUCUCAGGAAUUGUUUCAUGUUUGGCUCUUUCCUCAGCACGAAUGAAAUAGCAUUUUCUGACCCAACACCAGAUGGCAAAUUAUUCGCAACCAAGUACUGCAAUACCCCAAAUUUCCUUGUGUACAAUUUUAAUAAUUAAAGCCCA